AUGUCAACAAUCAAUCCCUCCUCGAAGAACGAAUUGGAAUCCGGUCUUACCUCUCCUAGCCCUUCCACUAAAGAGAAAAAGAUCGCAGCAGCACAAUCCGAUGAAGCCAGAACUUCUCUCUCUUCAUUCAAGCAGCUAGGAUUUCUCGACAGAUUUCUGGCCAUAUGGAUUUUUCUUGCGAUGGCUCUCGGAAUAAUCCUGGGCUACUUCGUACCCGAGACUGGACCGGCACUGCAGAAGGGCGAAUUCGCUGAAGUAUCUAUUCCAAUAGCUAUUGGACUGUUAGUCAUGAUGUAUCCAAUCUUGUGCAAGGUUCGGUAUGAGACGCUACAUCGGUUGUUGAGGUUGAGGGCGCUGUGGAUUCAGGUUGUGUUCAGCAUUUUCGUCAACUGGGUUGUUGCACCACUACUUAUGGUUGCUUUGUCCUGGGCAUUCUUGCCGGACCGCAGUGAGCUUCGUGAGGGUCUGAUAAUAGUUGGUAUCGCGCGGUGCAUCGCCAUGGUACUUAUUUGGACUGAACUCGCCUCGGGUGACUCGGAUUAUUGUGCCAUGCUUGUGGCUAUAAAUUCGUUCCUCCAAAUCAUCCUAUUCGCCCCGAUGGCAGUAUUCUACAUCAAUGUUGUCUCAAGAUCCAAAUCCUCCAUCGAAAUCUCAUACUCCACAGUGGCUGUAUCCGUCGCGGUCUUUCUUGGAAUACCUCUAGGUGCUGCUAUCAUCACCCGCUUGGCUCUCUUGAAGCUCAUCUUCAAGGGAGAUGUUGAUAAAUACAACCGUAAUUUCAUCCGCUGGAUCUCACCGUGGUCUUUGAUUGGCCUUCUCUUUACUAUCUUGAUCCUCUUUGCCUCUCAAUCUCGCAAUAUCGUCUCGAAGAUUACCUCCGUCCUCCGUGUCUCUGCACCUUUAAUUGUAUACUUCGUUAUCAUCUUCAGUGCUACACUUGCUGCAUGCAGAUACUUUGGAAAUGGAAAAUUUGCGGGUGGAAAAUUAGGCCAUUGGGGAUAUGGUAUUACAGUAACGCAGGCUCUCACAGCGGCGAGCAACAACUUCGAGCUAGCGAUCGCAGUUGCGGUAGCUUGUUAUGGGGCUGGGUCUGAGCAAGCUUUAGCUGCGACAGUUGGGCCUUUGAUUGAGGUGCCAGUAUUGUUGGGGUUGGUCGAACUUGUCAAGUUCUUGAAAAGCAGGUGGAACUGGAAAUAG